AUGAAGAAACAUCAGCCACAAUGGCAUGAAUUACCCACUCCCUACAAACUACUGCAAAAUCAAUACUUGGGUAACAAAAAUCACCACCAAGAAACCCAUGGUGGUGACCGAAAUGUUGAGACAAGUAAAUCCGAAGAAGAACGUAUUGGUAAAAACAAUGAAUUGCUACAAAGAAGUCUUCGUCUAUCACCAACGGAAGUGUCGAAGAGAUUGAUAGAGGAUCUAAAUGUGAACAUAUUGACUGGCAAGGAAAGUGGCAUUACCUGCGAAGAGGAUGACAAAACGCUUUAUAGUAUAUAUUCGCUUAUGGCUAUACGAAAUGUAUAUAAUAAUACAAAUUUCAACAGCGACAAAGUGGAAGAUCUGCUUUCGGAACGGCAUAAACGGCUGAUAAGCUGCUGUUUGGAAGAUUUAAUUGAGUAUGGCCUGAAGCCGAACAUACAUCCCGCUUUCUGUGGAGGCAAAAACACAGUUUUUGGACACAACGUUAAUAAAGUCCCCAAUUUUUUCCUUGCACUACUACUUGUUGAAGGUAUUUCACCGUUUUUACGGAUUGCGUGUUUACCUGCUAUUCGAUCAUCGGAUGAGAUUAUUCUCUGUUAUAUGGCUACUUUAUACACAUUGCUAUUUGGGUCAGAUCUAAAGCAAUUUGAAAUGGAGGAAUCUACUUUGGCGAGGACGAAGGAUCGUUUAAACCAAUUAUGGUGUGAUGUACCGAAGGUGACGUAUUUUCGCAAUAUAAUGAUGCUGUGCGGAAUGGUUGCCAACGAGAGAAAGCCGACAAUACAUCGGGAAAUGUUGAUGAAAUUAUGGUCUCCUGGGGGCUUUGUAGCUCUUCUUUUUGCCAUGCAAAAGUCGGAGACAGGCGAAGGGCGAUCUACAGCAGAGAUUGUGGUGAAAUUGGUAUCCCAACCUUCCUACCCGAGAAGAGCUCAGGAAUCAUUGGCGAAACAAAUUCUACGUUUUCUGAAAGGUAGCGUUGAAAAUAAGGAUGCAAUUCCCUAUAUGGGAACAGGCUUGUUAUCAUUGAAGAAACUAUGUGAGAACAGCAAUUUUAAUAGGGAUUUGGUGAAAGAUUGGCUAAGAGAGCAACUAAAACCAUUGUUGGAUUUAAAGAAAGACUGUAUAACCGUUAUGGAAUGGAGUGAAUUUAGCUCCACAGUACAUCUGCUUUUUCAGGUAUUUUGCACUUCUACCAUAGAAUGUUUGCCGAGCGAUUUAUUAGUUCCCUAUAUACCAAUACUGAUCACGUGUUACCAGUUCAUAGAUAAACACAGAAACAAAUCUAAUGCAGAUGUCGUAUGCGGUCACCUAUCCUACUUGUUAUUGAGAAUUCUAAACAAUCGCACGACAGAUGAGCUGCAACUGAUUAUAAAGAAUGUAAUUCUUGGUGAAUAUCCUAGACAAUGGUAUACCUUAGAUCCGAGGAUAACUUUUGAGGAGGAUCUAUUAAAUUCCCAACAAUUAAAGAUAGUCCAAAGAGACGAGGAGGAUGAGGAGCGUGAAUGUUACACAUUGAUGUCAUCCAAUCCAAUGAACGCCCUGGCCAAUCUACUUAAACGUUCUUCUUUUAGCACUCUCGUCUAUAAAAUCUUCAUUAUCCUAUUUCGAUUAUUUCCCAACAUUGACUGUAACACAAAACCGCCGACCAUCGACUCGGCCAAUAAUGUCGAUUUAUUAAUAUCUGAAGCGGAUGUUCAAAGCAGAGUAAUGUGGGAAAUAUCCAGCAGAUAUAAUGGAAAAAUUCAGGUCAUCAAUGCCUUACACGUGCUAAUAGAGCACAAACCGCUUAAGAGCUUAUUGGUGGAAAACAUAAAUGAACUUUUGAGUGCUGUUCAAGACUUUUUGUCUAUGUACACCGCAGUCAGCGACGAAAACAAUCAUCAGCUGGAUAAAACCGUGAUUGUUAUAUUGCUGACGUUGAUAAGGGAAAUUGUGGAAAAUGCUCCUGUCAAAUUGGAAAGCCUAAGGCAUGAUUUGAUAGAUAACUUAUUGAAACUACAAUCCAAAACACAAGAUAAUGAUUUGAAGUUGCAAAUUUUAUAUCUCAAAGAGCAAAUUGUAGGCGGCUGUGAUGUAGCCCAAGGAAACAGUUUAAAUAAAAGCAGGUUCGAAGAAGCCAGAUUACUGGUGGAGUCAAAGGAACCGUACAAGCAAGUAGAAGGAAUUCAGCAGUUCAUUUCAUUGAUAAAAGCGAAAGAUGUGUUUACCAUAAGUAAUGUACAUGUAGUCACUGCCCUAGCGCUCAACACCCUGACAUCGACAGAGUCAUAUACAUUCCUGAACUGUGUUCGUCUCUUUGCGUCAUUAGUCUACUUAAAUGAACACAUGAUAUUGGAUAUAUUGACUGAAGAAUAUUUAAAUGAAUCUGCGGGUAUGGAUUAUAGAUUGGUGAUUGGAGAGACGCUACUAAAGGUGUGUCAUGAAAUCGGACCACUAUGCUAUAAAUACAAGAACACCCUUUUGAAUUGUUACAUGUUCGGAUGUCGGUCACCACUGGACGAGUUUCGGUUUUCGUCGUUCUCAAAUUUGGCACAACUAUGCAAAAUUUUGUCAUACGAUGUGCAGAAAUACUUCCAAGAGCUACUCGAUUUGAUAAAUUGUGAAUUGACCACGGGAAAAUAUAUGCCCGCUAAACGUGCUGCGGUAAUGGUUCUGAGUGAACUCUUGUCAGGAAUGAAUAAUCUAAUAGAUUUCCAAGAAAUGCUAUUACCCAUUUACCGACUUUUGAAAUUGCUAGCAUCUUCAGAGUGUGCGGAUGAAAAAAUGCGUUUGCAUGCUUCAGUUGGCCUAGAAACCUUGGCUGUAAAAUGUAAAGAAUUGUUUCUAGCACCAAAUCAAGUGCCCUUGGAAAAGAAGAUUCAAAUACGAGGAAUUAAUUCGCAAUUAAAACCAAAUAUAAAAAGUCACAUAUUAUACAUGGAUUAA